UGGAGGGGUUGGAUUGUGCGAGAAUCCCAGAUCUACCACCCGCCCCACACCCACACGCCGCUGGCCCUGGUCUCGAGAUCUCUGGCGCCUCCCAUGGAUCCCCACCCCCUUCGCCUCAGCGCGCUCUUGGCGGCCCUCGUGCUUGCCGCCGGCGGCGGGUGGUGGGGCCGUGCGGAGGCGUCGAUCCACACCUACGGCCGCGAGUCGUUCCGCGAGGUGGGUAACGCUUUCCUCCUGUCCGGCGGCAGCGAGGGCAUCGUCGCCGACGGGGCCGAUCUCGCCGCCCCCGCCUCCUCCUUCAUCAAGUUUGUGAAUGUUACUUUCUGGAGGAACGCAGAAUCGGCAGAAUCACAUUCAAAAAUGGCACAUAGUACAGGCUUGGUGCAAGCUAUUUUAUUUGAAGCAGCUGACAGGGAUAACAUUGGGGGUUCUGCCUAUGGUGGACAGAGGUCCAUUUGUUGCACCCCUGACCUUGCUAAACUAGAGGGCUGCAAACAAGGUGAAGUAAUCAGGAGGCCAUCUUCUGAUGAUCCAGAUUGGCCUGUCGUGAUAGAUACACACUUCAGUGCUAAUCACCUUUUUGUGAAGUUGGAUGACGAGGAAGUUCACAUUACGAAGACAGGCAUGUACAACUUGUUCUUCAUUUCUUGUGAUCCAAAACUAAGGGGCCUUGCUAUGAGUGGGAAGACAAUCUGGAGAAAUCCUGGGGGGUACCUACCAGGACGAAUGGCACCUCUGAUGAGAUUUUAUGUUUUUAUGUCGCUGGCAUAUCUAUUAGUCAUGGUUGUCUGGUUUAGCAAUUACAUCAGAUUUUGGAGGGAUAUACUGCCAAUACAGAAUUGGAUCACACUAGUAAUUGCUCUUGGCCUAUUUGAGAUGACACUAUGGUACUUCGAGUAUUUAAACUUCAACAGCAGCGGUGUACGGCCUGUUGGAAUUACAACUUGGGUUGUAACUGUUGGUGCCAUCAGAAAAACAGUUUCCCGUCUACUGAUCCUUUCUAUAUCGAUGGGAUACGGUGUUGUUCGCCCAACUCUAGGAGGGCUCACCUCUAAGGUUUUACUCCUUGGGCUUACAUAUUUUCUGGCUUCUGAAUUACUGGAUAUUUCCGAAAAUGUUGGAACAAUUAAUGACAUCUCAGGCAAAGCAAAGCUUUUCCUUGUCCUUCCUGAUGCAUUUUUGGAUGCUUUUCUCAUACUUUGGAUUUUCACUUCUCUUUCCCGCACUCUCGAGAAACUACAGGCAAGGAGGAGUUCUGUGAAAUUGGAUACAUACAGAAAGUUUACGAAUGCACUGGCGGUCUCUGUAAUAGCUUCAGUUGUCUGGAUUGGCUAUGAGGUCUAUUUCAAAGCAACAGAUCCCUUUAGUGAGAGAUGGCAGAGUGCCUGGAUCAUAACAGCCUUCUGGGACGUUCUUGCAUUUGUUUUGCUUAUUGUGAUAUGUUAUUUGUGGGCACCUUCCCAAAGCUCACAAAGAUAUGCAUAUUCAGGUGAAGCUGUCGAUGAUGAUGUUGAGGAGGCUCAGCCUCUGACAAAGGGGUUUGAUGGUGAUGUAGGGAUGGUAAAAAUCGACAAAGACAGAAAUGUUGGUGCUACCAGUGCUUUCAGCUUGGAAGAUGAUGAGGCUGAAGAGGACAAAAGAGAAUAGUAUUUCUUCCCUGAUGUCCUUGUGCCCAUGUACCCAGAAACAAGUGGUUUGUUGGAGGGAGGAUGUUCCCGGUUUCGAGUGUUUUUUUUUUGGUGAUUCGGUCUCCUCUGAUGUUCUUACCCUAUUAGGCAGGUUUUGUUUUAGAAGCGUGUGAUUCUUACUACACCGUGGAAGUGUGAUGACCCGUGUUGGGGUGGAUCGGUGCUUGACUUUGAA